UUGAUUGCUAUUUCUGUAGUGGGCUGUAUCUUCUAGCUAACUCCACUGUAAGCUUGUAACUAACUAGAAAUCUAAAUUAGCUAUUUUAAAUUUAUAUUCCAUCGGGAAUUUAUCUGUUAUAGCUUCCUGUUCGUUUUCCCUUGUGUAAAAUGGUUGUUCUGACAAAUAACAAUGAGGAACCGGAUUUUAUCCUUAUAGAGGAACGCAAGUGUACCUCUCUGCCCAAUUCGCCUGCCAAGCGUGUCUCUCCCACAAAGAAGAAGCAGUUCUACAUCAACCAGGCCAUACGCAACUCUGAUCUCACUCCCAGGGCCAAAGGCAAGAAGAGCCUUCGGAGGCUGGAGAACACUCGCUUCCUUGCGAACCUCCUUGAGAGAGACGAGUGCACCAAAGAUGAGAUUGAGUUGUGCAGUAGUUACCCAGCCCUUCCAUCCAUUUUCACAGAGGCCUGUACCAACGGAAACUAUGUUGAGCCCUGGAAUGACUUCAUGAACCGCUCUGGAGAAGAACAGGAGCAGCUGUUGGCCUUGCUGGAGGAGGAGGCCAAGAGGAGCGGCUCCCACAAGGUUCUGAAAGACCAGAGAGAGGUAAAUCCAGCUUUCAACGCCCAGGAAUGCUUCCAAAGAAUCGACCGAAGGCUGCGUGCUACUCUAAAGCGCAAGCAAAUCCCUAUUGGGACUCUGGAGUUGCUGGAGGAAAACCUGCUGAGUUUCUUCGCAGCUCAGCCUCAAUCUGUUUACACCACCCACCUUAGAAGCAGCUUUGAGAGGCUCCUCCUCCACGCCAUCUGUCAGUACAUGGACCUUGUGUCAGCCAGCUCUGAUUUUAAGGGGGCCCGCCAGACCGAGGUUAUGAACAAGCAGGAGGCGUUCCUGCCGCCCUGCCCCCUGCUCUCUGCCUACCUGGAGCAGAUGAGCUGAGGUUACGCCAGAGACGACACCUGGACCAGUUCCAUCUGAAUGCCUAGAAACCUACACCAUGCAUGCUUAAAGACACGGGUAGGAAGAGACACAAGGUUUAAAAUGCCAGCUCCACCUUGAUUGCUAUGGUAGGUGAAUUGUCUAUAAGUGUUUACAAUUCAGAUCUGCACUCUUAAUAGAGGAAGGGGCAAAUCCACUAUAAUUUGAUUGGAACUGGGCAGAAAUGGAUUGUCAUUACCGAUGACGAUUUUGUCUGUUCUCCUUGGCGCCCCUAAAAACAAGAAAAGAAAAAGCCAGUCCUUAAGCAUAGAUACCAUAUCUGAUGACUCAAUGUAUACUGUAAAUUGUAUUGUUUUGAUUGAACAUAAAAAGGUAACGGAACAGUUUAAUUCACAUGUAAGCGUAUGUAAGUAAGUAGAAAUGUAUUCACCAAAAUGUCAGGUAGGCUAUUGCAUGAUUUUGAAAUAAUGGGAAUACGCUUUUCUAAUUUAUGAACUUUGGGUAGCUUUCUCUUCUCAUUCACUGCAUUAGUUAAUGCACAACAAAGGGCAAAACAUCCAUUAUAAAAGAUUGUGUCCCUGCAUUCUUUUUUUUUUUGCUUUAUCCAAACGGUUAACAUUGCUUAUUGAUUACAUGCUUUACCAAAUAGUGUCAUUUUUACCAUCAGAUUUCCAUCAACACUAAAUUAUUUACAGCUUAUUUACAGAGUUUAUUAACAUAUGUAUGGAAUGCGAAGCAGUUCUACUGUUUACAUGCAAGAGUAGUAAUGAGUCAAUGAGAAAUGAAUGGCACUUGAUGUAAUGUUGGCAAAUCUUCAGUGAUUUGACUCUCAGGCUACCCAACCCCUAGACAAGCACUUAUGCCUUAUAAAUGCAUGUUAUGGGUUUCUCUACAUAUUUAUCUUUGUAUUUAUAUGUUUGUAUUAAUAGGCUUUUGAAAACAAACAUUCAGGUUAUUUAAAUUAUAAAUGUUUCUGUGCUAUCAAAGAUGGAUUCAUCUCGACCUGCCAUUCUGUUUCUGUCAAUAACCAAAGUUUAUAUGCUUGUGUGUGUGAAAUUCAGUUUUCUCAGGCUUUCAACCUCCCACUAUGAAUGUUGUGUGAUUUCACUGAGUGUAAUUCUUUGAAAUAGUUAAUACAUGGUGUAGGGGGAACUUAGUUAAACAUUUUUAACUAAGAACUCUCCACUAGUUUUUUUACAACUUUAUAGAAAAUGUGGGUACUAGUUAUGCUGUAAAUAUUUAGCUUCCUAAUGUUGUGUGCCAACAUAGAUUGUAAACUUGUUGGAAUAGGAUUAUCUCAAAGCUUUAUAUAAUAUGCUUUGGAGAAAAGUGUCUUUGUUACUUUGCUGUGAAAGUUUACUGUAUGUCAGUACAUAUUGUAUAAAUAUCAGGAAAUAAAUAAAAAUAGGGAUGUUGAAUGUCGUUUUAACUUUAAACUUAAAUCUAGGAAUUAGGUUGUGAAAUUUAAACUGAUGAGUGCCAACAUUUGUCUGAAAGAUUUUCAAUAAAUAAUGAAUUAACUCUUCAA